GCAACAACUGGCUGCAGCACAGACAACGAGGCAGCCAACGCUCAUGGCGACGGAUUGGGGCCUCCGGGACUUCAUCUACGGCCUGGACGAUCUAGACGAUGUUGAGAAAGAGCAAUGCUUCACGGCUCUGAACAGGCACGGUUUUUCGGCUCCUAGUAAGCGCCGAGCAUUCCUCGCGCUCGAUGACGCCGAGCUGCAGACUGCAGGCAUCAGUCAGAUGAGCACCCGCAAGGUUCUGCGACUGGCGAUGGGCGCGGCGGCUGGCCAGGGCACAGCACAAGCUGGUGAUGCAGUUGCGGCGGCUGGCCUGGGCAUGGGGAGCGCGGCAGGGGCCGGCGUUCGGCCAACGGUCUUCCUACGAUCUCCGCUCCCAGACGCGGCCCUGCCAUCCCGCUUUGACAAGCCUAGUCGCUCGCUGAAGAUAGAUCACGCGGAGCCCGUAGAUUGCAAGACCUGGGAGCAUGUGGCGCCGCAAGAACGCAUUCCCGCGCUCUUCGGCCGCUUGGCGGCCGCAUGUGGCAGCCACGCCACUGCUAGCGGCUUCCAAGCUAUGGGCGGGGCCGGCCAUGGUACAAGCAGCACGGAGGGCGGCGGCGGCGGCGGCGGCGGCAGCAGCAGCAGCAGCAACAGUGGGGGUGGCGGCAGUAGCUUCGACGCUGAGGUGCUCACGCUCAUCAUGCAUGCGGAUGACAUCUUCUGCAGCGCUGACGGCGAGCCUAUUCGGGUGCUGCUUCAGCAGCAAGGGCCGCCUGAAGUGCUCAUCAAUGAAGCUGUCGCCUGCUUCGGCACGCGCCCGCUGCUCAAGGUGCUGACCAUCCUGGUCAACGGCCUGUUGGAGCGGUUGCGUGGCGGCGCCAGUGCCGACCGCACUGCAGCGGCGGCAGCAGUGGGCAGUGGGGCAGCGGCGAAGCCGGCGCCCGCCGGUAUAACGCCUGGGGUGGAGCCGGCGGCUGCUGGUAGUGAUGCUGCGGCCGUGCCAGCUGCCAGGACUGGCCGCGUGAGCAGUGUUUAUUGGGGUGCUGAGAUGAGCCUUGAGAAGAUCCGCGAGGUGGCCAGCAGCCAGGAGGGUCUUGAGUGGCUUGUGCAGGGAGGGGGCGGCUCGCUGCGCCCAGACAUGCCGCUCAUUGUAGUCAUCUCGGAUGACGACGCGACCUGGCAGCAGUGCCGCAGCUUUGUGGAGAUGAAGGCGCCAGCACUGAUGCUGGAGGGCAGAACGCCGCGCUCGCUGGUGGACCUGUGGCUGAGCGGCGACACACGUGUUCGCGCCAUAUUGGCACAGGUCAAUGAGUACAUGGACCACCUGGGAGUGAGGUACGCUAUUGUCAGCUGCCACUACGCCAUGUGGGCGGUGCGCCGCACGUGCUCGCCACCGCCGCCGCAGGUCCUGCUGGAGAACCAGACCGAACCCCAACCCCGGCAGCAGCAGCAGCUGCAGGCGCCAUCGGUGGGCGGCGGUGGCUGUAGCGGCAGCGGUCCUGAUGGCAUGGGUGGUGUCGGCGGCAGUGGCAGCGUGGCAGGUACCGGCAGCAGCAGCCGCAAGCGCGGCCGCGCGCGCGACGGGGUGCUGCACCUGGCAGGGCCCUUUCUGGCGCCAACGGAGCACACGGACCAACAGCCGGCAGUCACAGCCGCCGCCGCCACCCUGUACACCAUGCUGCUCAGCCUGCCGGAGGUGCCCGACCCACCUGCAGCAGGGCUUGCGCGGCGGCGGUCGCGGUCAGCGCCGCCCGGGCAGCCGGACGCAGGGCCCAGCCGCAGCAGUGGUGGCGGUGACGGCGGUGGUGCAGUUGGUCGCGGCGGGCAGCCCGGGGGCGCUGCUGCCGGCGGUGCGGGGCACACGGAAGGGCAGGCCGUGGGCGGUGCGGGGCUGGCGGCACAUGGCAGCCGGGCGGCGACGAGCCCGCCGGCGGGAGCGGCAAGGCGAGCAGCAGCCGGCGGGGAGGCGGAGGCGCAGCCCUCGAUGCUGCAGCAUUGGGACGAACAGGGCGCAGCGCGCCUUGCGCUGGCGCCCGCCUCUCCAUCCGAAGCAAGAGGCGGAGACGGAGCGAGCCUUGCGCCCGUCACCGGCAGCAGCGCGCAUCACUGGCGGCGGCGCGCAUGUUGCCUCCGCCAGCCGCCGCCGCUGCCGCCGCUCCUCAUUGAGGCCGACCCCGAGGUCCUGCACGUGGGCUACGCGGGCCUUGCCUGCACCGGCCGCGUCAACGGCGAGGAGGCGGUGCUUAAGAUCCUGGACUCGGACGAGCACGGCGUCGCGGCCUUCGAGGCGGAGUGCAGUGCCUACCGGGCGCUGGCCGCGCUGCAGGGCGACGUGCUGCCGCGGCUGCUGGCCGCUGGCCGCCUGGGUGACCUGGCGCCGCCGCCACCACUGUCUGGGGGGGAGGAGGAGGAGGAGUGGGAGCCGCCGCCGGACGGCGACGUGCGCUUCAUCGCCACCAGCCGGGUGCGGGGCUUGACGCUGCGUCAGGCGGCGGAGCAGUGGGGCUACAUCCAGCCGACGGCGGCGGCGGCGGCGGUGCACGCGCUUAAGGUACUGCACGCGGCGGACAUUCGCGCUGCUGGCGGCGGCAGUGGCGGGCGCUUCCUGCACGGCGACAUCCGGCUCAGCAACUUCAUGUUCCUGCUGCCGGCUGCGGAGGCGGCGGUGGGGCCGCGCUGCGUGGUCAUUGACUUGGGGCUGUCGCGCCUGGACGGGACGGAGGCGGAGCAGCAGGCGGAGGUGCGGCAGCUGGAGCAGCGACUCCAGUGCGGCAGUGGCUGAGGAAGAGCGAGGGAUGAGUGAUGAGUGCGAGGAGGUGAGGGUGGCUGGCUUCAGCCGUGGCCGAGGGAGCAGGCGGGAGGAACGGCAGGGUGGUGGGCCUGCUGGGCGGGUUCUGGGCAGGACGUGCAGUUCGGAGGUUACGAAUGGGAUGCGCGCUGGGCCACGGUUGCAACUGGGGUGGACAUGCGGCCGCACUAUUGUGCGGUGCGGUAAGAAAAUGAAUGACUGAUUGCGGACCUGGAUGUGCCAAGACAAGGGGCAUCAUGUAGCGCAGCAACAGGUGGCUAACAAUAACGAAAACGCUUGAGAUUCUUGCAUGGACCGUGUGCUCAGAAUAAUGCAUGUGUACGAACCGGCGGUGUCUCUGUAUGUCCUGAUACAUUCAUGUGAGGGGCUACCCUGCUUACUAGAAUGGAUGCAAGCUCAAGGCAUGAAUGACUGUCACACGUAACGGGUCCUCUGACAAUGACGGGCUCGGCAUUUGGCAGAGCCCGCUCCUACCUACAUGCGCUGAGUAAGAAGGGUUCAGGUGCGCUCGAAGCAACUGUGCAGGAUGCGCGUUCACUGCCAUUCUAGUGUAAAUGAGGGUUACCGAUGACGGGCAUUCCGUGGAUGGUAUGGAGGCAAGUGUCAACAUCAUCGAGGGCGCAAGACCGAGAACUCUAUCUAGCGUACGGAGGGCGGGGAGCUAGCGGCGUAUGUGUUGCGGAUGGGCGCCGGUUGGCGACGAUGUUGGAGGAUGGCACCUAAGGAAACGCAUAACAACCACCAAGGUAGCUUGUGGCGUGGCUGUGCCUUGCCGUGGACCGUCUGACUGCUGAUCCGCAGCAGCAGAGCUCUAUGACUUCAUGGCUGUAUGCUUUGUCACAACUGGUCGGUACUAAGCAACCUGAUGUUCUGCUGUGCAUGCCUGUGAUUGGCUGGCUGCCGGGGUAAGCCGCAGCAGGGCAAACUAUCACGGCAAGCUCGCGAAAGGAUC